AUGCAGGUCUUAACAGGAUUGCUGGAUGAUUGGGCUCCAUACCACAAUCAAUUAGAAUUUGAACUUGCUGAGUUUCUUUUCAAAUGUGCAGAAAUGCUGGCAAACAAAAUUGACAUGUUGCUUGGAAUCUGGGCUGCCUCAUUGCUCGAGUUAGGUGGCAAUCCACUAUUUGCCAACCACAUGGAUCUCUAUCAUGUGAUAAACAGCAUGACUGUUGGCACAGUCAAGUGGGAAAACUUCAAAAUCACUUACAAGCACAAGUGGGACAUACAGGACAAACCAGAUGAACAGGAUGAAGUGAUCAAACUGGGUGGUCAGGAUGGUCAGGAUGGCCAAGAUGGCCAAGAUGAAGCCAAGACCCCUUGGAUGUUCAACAUCUAUGAUACAUGUUGCACUGACUUUAAGGAUCAAAUGGACUUCAUGCCAUACCAGGAGUUUGAUGCCACAAGUGAUCAGAGGCAUUGGGAGGAUUUUAUGUUGGGUGACUGGGCCUGGGAUGAAGUGGACAAGAUUAUCAGUGAUAACCCAUUGGCAGCUGGAGCAAUGGAUAUGAGGUACUGGCAGGGGUCAAUGGCAUUGGGCAGCAUAUGUGGGAAUGGGGUAGCAUCAGGAAAGGGCCAGUGGCAUGGAUGUGAGGUGCCAGCAGGGUCAGGUGUUGAUGGCGUCAGGGGGCAUACAUGGGAAUGGUAG